CGCUGUAAGAGGAGGAGAGGCCUAGGUGGAGCUUUGUCGCGGGGCAACUGAGAAGCGGAAAGGGCUUGCGCGAGGUCCGGUAUGGCCGGCCCGGGCUUAGUGGCGGGCGAAGUGGCUGUCGAUGCGCUGCCCUACUUCGACCAAGGCUACGAAGCGCCGGGCGUCCGGGAAGCGGCAUUUAGUCCACAUGAUUGAACAGGCACAGAAAGAGCUGCAAAGUUUAAGAAAACACAUCCAAGACCUUAAUUGGCAGCGGAAGAACAUGCAACUCACAGCUGGUGCUAAACUUCGUGAAAUGGAAUCCACAUGGGUGUCCCUUGUCAGUAAAAAUUAUGAGAUUGAACGAACUAUUGUGCAGUUGGAAAAUGAAAUUUCUCAAAUUAAGCAGCAACAUGGAGAGGCAAAUAAAGAAAACAUCCAGCAAGACUUCUGAGGCUUGCUUUAGUCUAUUGUUGCUAAUACAACAUUGCCUGAAGCUUGUGCAUUAGUGAAGAUGAUUUCUCUAUGUAUAUAAUGAUAUAGAAGCCAUCACCUGUGUUAAUAGAUUCAUGAACUUUAGCUUAAUAAACAAACUGCAAAGUGCAAACCUCUUCAGAAGAUUUAUUAAUUGUUCAGAUUUUUAGCAUUGAGGGAUUUAUUUUUAUGAAGGAUUCUAUUUUUUUUUAAGGAAUACAAAAAUAAAAAAUACCAAUGUAAAUUGUCUACCAAGAACAAAGCAUUUUAGUUGAAAAAUCCUGUGGCAAAAUUUAUGUUUUCAGUGAAUGUCAAAAUACUUUCAAAUGCCACAAAGUGAUUAGCAAGAUCUAAAAGAUGGAAUAAUAUAUUUAUAUUUGCUCUUAGGCAAAAAAUAGAUUAUGUCUGUAUUAAAUACAAAUAUGCAUGGUGGCAGCAAAUACCUUUGUUCUAUGUGUCAAGACAAUAUAUUGGAUUAGUGAAAAUGGUGUAAUGGUUUUUUUUAUGUACGCUUACUUAGGAGAUGUGGGACAUUGGUUAUUUAAUUUGAAAUACAGUUUCAUAUUUGAAAUAUAAAUAAAACUAUUGCUUUAAUAGA